AGCAAGUGGUUCCCGCUGCAGCGCAUGCUGAACCGGCACCUCAAGUGCCACAACUCUGUCAAGAAACACAUCUGCCAGUACUGCACCAAGGGCUUCAACGACACCUUCGACCUCAAGAGGCACCUGAGAACUCACACAGGCAUCCGUCCCUACCGCUGCUGCGUCUGCGACAAGGCCUUCACCCAACGCUGCUCCCUGGAGUCCCACCUGAAGAAGAUCCACAGCAUCCAGCAGCACUAUGCCUACCGGGAACGUCGCUCCAAGCUCUUUGUGUGCGAGGAGUGCGGCUUCACCUCCGGCGGGAGCGAUGAGUACUACGGCCACGUGCGCCAGCUCCACCCCACCAGCGGCCUUCUGGGCAAGGAGUUCCGGAAGCUGGUGGUGCCUUCUCUUCACAGCAAGUUCCAUCUUUUCUACCCUUCUCCUUACUGCGGAUGAGUAAACUCUCUUCUUUUUUUAAAAAAAGAUUCAGUCCCUAUGCUAAGAAUGAAGGCCUAGAAGCUUAAUGAUGUAAAACCAGCCACCUGCUGACUCAUUUGGCAGAACUUGGUUGGUUUUGGUGGCCUUGCAGGGGACAGAAGCAGCCCAGAGGACUGUAACCUUUUGCCCCAAAGGGUCAGAAGGCCCCGUUGAGCCUCUGCAGGCUUCCAUCUGGCACCUACCUGUUGAAAAUCACUUCUCAUCCCUAAAGUUUCAUUUUUAAGACAAUUUUUUUUAAAAAAACCUUUCCAUUUUUACCCUGCCUUUCUCCCAGAGCAGCUUACAUCAUUCUCCAUUUCACAACCCUGUGAGAUAGGUUAGAUUGAUGAUGUGUGACUGACCCAAGAUCACCCAGUGAAUUUCCACUGCAGAUUAAGCAUUCAAACCUGGAUCUCUCAGACCCUAGUCCGACACUAAGCACUGCACCACACUGGCAAGCAAACACUCAGGCUCACACAGACUUUGGGUUACCUUUGUCAUCUGAGCAGCCAGGAGAAUGUUUGACCCCUUUCUGCUUAAAAGUAGCAGCUACGUGAGCCGUCCACCAAACCUAGGCAUGUGUCCUGCUUUCUUCCCCCUACUCCGAUCAGGAGGCAGAGCUCAGACUGCCCCAGCAGCCAUACCUUUCAGGCCGACACCAUCCAAGAAAG